GAGAAAAAGAGAGAGAUGACAAAUCCUGAAGCUGAGCGACACCGAGUCAGAAACCGAGCCGUGGUUGCAGAACCUGUACGGUCUAAAGUUCCACUAAGAGUCCUACUCCAAGUAGCUUCAGUGGCGAGUGGAAUACAAUUCGGUUGGGCUCUGCAACUCUCACUAUUAACCCCCUACGUUCAAGAGCUUGGAAUUCCACACGCUUGGGCUAGUAUAAUAUGGCUCUGCGGCCCACUCUCAGGCCUUUUUGUCCAGCCUAUAGUGGGCCAUAUGAGCGACCGGUCCACCAGCCGGUUCGGCCGCCGGAGGCCGUUUAUUGUGGCCGGAGCGGUCUCGAUCGUUGUCGCCGUUCUCAUUAUUGGUCAUUCGGCCGAUAUCGGUUGGUUGUUCGGUGAUCGAGGCGAGAAGAAAAUGCGAGCUGUGGUUGCUUUUGUGCUCGGGUUUUGGGUGCUUGAUGUCGCUAAUAAUAUGACUCAAGGUCCUUGUAGAGCUUUUCUCGCUGAUCUUACUGCCAGCAGAUUCCAGUCCUCUGUUUGUCAUCCAUGUCUUGAACAUCUUCUCUGA